AUGGAUCUUCCUGUCGGCCCUCCCGUCCCCUCCGGCCCGGCAACAUCGCCGGCGCGUACCCCGCUCCUCGGGCGGUACACGGCGCUUGUCCCGCUCGAGACAUCGCACUCGGAAAUCCUCUUCAAGCAUCUUGGACGCGAGGAGAACGCCCAUCUCUGGACGUACCUGUUCCACGAGCCGUUUCUCGAGUACGAGCAGUUCAAGGCCACCAUCGGCGAAUGGAGCGCCUCCGCGGACCCCCUGUUCUUCGCCGUCCUGUCCGGCCCCGCGUCGGACCCGGCAUCCGAGCCGGUGGGGAUCAUGUCGUACUUGUCCAUCGUGCCGGACCACAGGCGGAUCGAGAUCGGGUUCAUCGUCUUUGGCGAGCAGCUCAAGCAGACGCGGGCUGCGACCGAGGCGCAGUACCUCCUGAUGAAGAAUGCCUUUGAAGAAUUGGGCAACUUUCGGCUGGAGUGGAAGGCCAACCACCUCAACAAGGCAAGCCGGGCGGCCGCCGAGCGUCUUGGCUACGUGUUUGAGGGUGUCUUCAGAAAACACCUGGUCAUCAAGGGCAGACGCAGAGAUACGGUCUGGCUCAGCAUUACCGAUGAGGAGUGGCCGACCGUCAAGGGCGGGCUCGAAGCUUGGUUGAGCGCGGACAACUUUGACGAGAACGGCAAACAGCGAAAGGGGCUGAAACAAUGCAGGGAGGCAUUUGAGGCGGCAGGCAAGUCAUAA